AUGGUGCCCUCCCCCGCGGAGCCCGUCGCUGCAGAGGGGUCGGGCAAGACCGAGGAGCUCAGCCCCGCGUCCGUGGGGACCGCCCCGCCCUCGGGCCCGGGACCCUCCGACGCCAAGGAGGAGGUGGAGGUGGAGCUGGCGGGGCCCGCGGGCGCCCAGCCCCCUGCGCCCCCCGAGGGCGGCUGGGGCUGGCUGGUGAUGCUGGCGGCCAUGUGGUGCAACGGGUCGGUGUUCGGCAUCCAGAACGCCUGCGGGGUGCUCUUCGUGGCCAUGCUGAAGACCUUCGGGUCCAAGGACGAUGACCAGAUGGUGUUCAAGACAGCAUGGGUAAGUUCUCUCUCCAUGGGGAUGAUUUUCUUUUGCUGCCCAAUAGUCAGCAUCUUCACAGACAUAUUUGGUUGUCGGAAAACAGCUGUUGUGGGUGCUGCUAUUGGAUUCAUUGGACUCAUGUCCAGUUCUUUUGUAAGUUCCAUCGAACCGCUGUACCUCACCUACGGAAUCAUAUUUGCCAGCGGCUGCUCCUUUGCCUACCAGCCUUCCUUGGUCAUUCUGGGACACUAUUUCAAGAAGCGCCUCGGACUGGUGAACGGCAUCGUCACCGCUGGCAGCAGUCUCUUCACAAUCUUGCUGCCUCUCCUCUUAAGGGUUCUGACCGACAACUUGGACCUCUUUUACACGCUGAGAAUCCUCUGCAUCUUCAUGUUUGUUCUCUUUCUGGCUGGCUUUACUUACCGACCUCUGGUUCCCAGUGUCAGAGAGAAAGAGAGUGGAAUCAAAGGAGGCAAGAGAUCCUCCUUCUUUUCCCGGAGGAAGUUCAGUCCUCCCCAAAAAAUUUUCAAUUUUGCCAUCUUCAAGGUGAAGGCUUACGCAGUGUGGGCAGUUGGAAUACCGCUCGCACUUUUUGGAUACUUUGUGCCUUAUGUUCACUUGGUGAAACACGUGAACGAACGGUUUAAAGAGGAGCCCAACAAGGAGGUGGUGCUCAUGUGCAUCGGCGUCACUUCGGGCGUCGGACGGCUGCUCUUCGGCCGGAUCGCAGACUACGUGCCUGGCGUGAAGAAGGUUUACCUGCAGGUGCUCUCCUUUGUCUUCAUUGGUCUGAUGUCCAUGAUGAUUCCCUUGUGCAGCGUUUUUGGGGCCCUCAUCGCUGUCUGUCUCAUCAUGGGCCUCUUCGAUGGAUGCUUCAUUUCAAUUAUGGCCCCCAUUGCCUUUGAGUUAGUUGGUGCCCAGGAUGUUUCCCAAGCAAUUGGAUUUCUGCUCGGUUUCAUGUCUAUACCCAUGACUGUGGGCCCACCCAUUGCAGGGUUACUUCGUGAGAAGCUGGGUUCCUAUGAUGUGGCAUUCUAUCUCGCUGGAGUCCCUCCCCUUAUUGGAGGCGCAGUCCUUUGCUUUAUCCCAUGGAUCCAUAGUAAGAAGCAAAGAGAGAUGGAUAAAACCACUGGAGGAGAAAAGUUGGAGAAAAUGCUGGGGAACCAGAACUCUCUGCUGUCAAGUUCAUCUGGAAUCGUGAAGAAAGAAUCUGACUCUGUUAUUUAA